AUCUCAAUUCUCAAGCUCUCAGCUAUGGAGUAAACUAUACUUGCAUCUUGGGUAUUUUUUUCAGAGCAAAUCGAGAUCGAUCCGACAGAAGCGAGCGAUCAUGGGGCACGGCAAGGAGGUGAAGACGAGGCCGGAUCCCAAGUUUAGUUCAGAUCAGUGUUAGCUUAGCUUGCGGAGUGGAUUAAUGGCGAUCGAUGUGGUGGGAUGGGAUGCAGGAGAAGGGCGAGAUCUUCUUCUUCUAUCGUCCCAAGGUCGGCAAGGACGAGGCGCGCGGCCCCGACGACGUGCAGCGGAUGUACAUCGUCCUCCGCCCCGAGGCCACCGGCGACGGCGGCGACCGCGCCGUCGAGGACAAGCAGGCGCCGGACUCCGGCAAGGAGGGCCACAAGAAUCAGCAGCCGCAGAACAGCGACGGCGAUGGCGGCGGCGAAGGCGGACACGGCAAGGAGGAGGUGAACGUCGAGGAGCAGGCGCUGCUCCGGCUGAUCGUGAUGGGGAAGAAGAGCCUGCCGGACCCGGCGGCGAAGCGCGGCCGCCCGUACUGGGGUUACGUCGAGCUCGUCACCACCGACGUCGAACACAUCAAAGACGCGCUCAAGGAAGAGGAGUACAGCACGGCGACGCGCGGGACGCGGCGGAGGGCGGCGGCGAGGGCGCUGGGGGAGGGCGUGUACCGCAUCCUGAAGCACGACUCCGGGCGCCGCGUUCACACCCACCUCGUCUACAAGCUCGAGCUCCCCUUGCCGGCGCGUCGCCGCGAGCACGACGCCGAAGCCGACGAGGCCGGCGAGCCGCAGGAGGCCAUGAACGUGGAGCCGGAGGCGUCCUACCUCAUCCAGAUCAAGAACCCCGAGCAGCCGCCACCCUCCGGCGGCGGGGGCGACGGCGGGUUCCGCGGGCUGCAGAGCAAGCGCAGGGCGGCGUUCCCGGCGCACCUGCAGGGGCGGUUCGGGAGCAACCACCGUUACGCGCCGGCCGACCCGCCGGACCUGCUCAACUACGAAGGGUGCGAGUUCCUGCUGAUCGCCGCGUCCGACGACGUCGAGGAGGAGCUGGGGCUCGAGCUGGAGACCGAGACCGACGCCGAGGCCGACCUCGAAGGUGAUGGCGCCGCCGCCGCCAAGUGCUCGGACCUGGUGAAGAUGUUCGGCGAGGUCGCCGACGUGAAGCCGCUGCUGUCCGGGAGUUGGGACUAGAGACAAUAUGCACAAGUGAUCAGCUCGACAGAUAGUGUCAGUGUGCAUAGAAUGUAGAACUAGUUUCAGUGUUCAGUGGGCUUUUGGUGCAAUUAGUAGACGAGUUUAGGAGAUGUUUAGAGUUCUAGUUUUAGUGCUGUACUAAUCUUUUGGCCGGUGAGUUUGGAUGGUGAUUUUGGAGAACAAUCCGAAAAUCCAAAAAAAAGGCUGUAACUAUAUUUAUGUCAAGAACAAGAUCAGUAGCAGCUUCUGAGUAUCUUCUGAGUAUCUGUAUCUGUCUGGUUUCGGGCUGGUUUGCUUUGUUGUUUGCUUUGAGGCGUAAAUUGGUCUUAGUGUUUAGUGUCUA